AUGGUGACUGAAAAUAAGCACGACUGGGACGAAAGGUUACAAGAGGCAUUAUGGGUGUAUAAGACUACUCACCAAACGACAACAAAUACAACACCGUAUUCGCUAGUUUAUGGUGUACAGACGGUUGUUCCAAUUGAAACACAAGUCGUGUCACUCAGAGUAGCUGUGCAUCAGUCAAUUAUAGAUGAUGAAUUGAAAGAAUUAGACUUACUCGACGAGAAGCGUUUGACAGCCCAGCAGCGGUUACAGUCAUAUCAAAACAAUGUCAGCAACGGCGAAAUACCAAUUACUGAUUCACCAAUUUUGGCAGUGGAACGAACUAUAUAG